GCUGCUGGCCUUGUCUAUGCCUUACCAUCAUCGGCCUGUGCACUCAAUCAUCUCCAUUGCCUCAGUCCAAUUGGUCAGAAUGGAAAACCGAGGCACCACUACCUGUAGCUUUAUCAUUGCCCACAAAAGCUAAAAAAUAAACAAAUCCAGGGACCCUCAAGACUCGAGUCGUCUAAUUAUUCUUUCUUUUACAGAAGAAGAGAACAGAGCAACACCGAAUAUCUCAGCAACAAAUCUAGCCCUGCACAAGCCUACAUCUUCGUCUUCUUCUUCUUCUUCUUAGACCCUUUUAGGGGCUUCACCGGAAAACCUCCUUUCAUCACCGGAAAGCCAUGACAGAUUGCUGCAAGAAGUGCUGCAGCUUCAUAUUCACUCUAGGCUUGGCUGCUCUUUUCAUGUGGUUAAGUCUGCGUCCCUCGAAACCCAAAUGCUUACUCCAACAAUUUUACAUUCCCGCCCUUAACAAGACCCUAAAUCCUCCAGGAAACACCACUCUCUUCUUUCAGCUCAGACUAGAGAACACCAACAAGGACAAGGGUGUCUAUUACGAUCCCGUAAAUGUAACAUUUUUUGACAGCCCAAACAAGACUCACUUCAUAGGGAAUUUCACCAUCCCCAAUUUUUAUCAAGGGCAUAAGAAGAAGGCAACGAAGAAUGGUAGUUUUAACGCCAGGGGACUUGACUGGGAAGCGGUUUCGCUGGCUGUUUCUAAUGGGUCGGCGGUUUUCCGGGUAGAUAUGGCGACUUCGGUGAGGUACAAGAUUAUGGCAUGGCAAACUAAGAGGCAUAGGAUCUUGGUCGGAGCCAAUGUGAUUAUCAGUAAUCAAGGCACUCUGGUCAAUCCCAAGAAGGGUAUAAAGCUCAGUUCAAACGCAGAAAUGAUUGGAAGCUCUGUUGGGAACAUAAUAGGGAUUUUAUCACUAUUUUAUUUGCUCAAUUUUUGUUAAGUUUGGAUUCUUAUUAUCAUUUUUUUUUUAAUUUUCAAAUUUGUGUGGGUAUUUAGCUACUUGUUGGAGCAAUUCUCAUAUUCAAAUUAGUAGUUUUUUGAAUUGAAAUUGGUAUUCAAUAUUCAUAUGCUCCAGUGACCAGCUGUUCUGACAAUUGAUUAAUGGCAUUGUCGUAUUUUACUGGUAA